AGAGUGUUUCACCACUCUCUCCCUUAUCACAACGGCAAACCUUUGCUCUUGGUCUCUCACAUACAGCUAGUCUCAUUCUGCUGCUACUACAGAGAGCGAGAAAGAAAUACUCUGGCGUAAUAAUCUAGCCCACACGAGGAAACGUGUGCGCAGUUCUCUCUCCCUUUUUCUUUUCCCGUGUGCCGUUGUAUAUGGCACAACGCUCCUCGGUUUCGUCUACCUGCCAUAGCUAAGCACCAUCUUGCGGCAAUCUCUCUUUCUCUCCUUCCUUACCUUUUGUAGCUGAAACGCUCUCCAAAACACUUUUUUCUUUCGCCCUGUCAAUUCCCUUUUCGUUUUUGUACAUUUUUUUCUUGUUUCUUCUUGCUUGUUUGGCGUUCGCUAUCGCUUCUACUGUUUGAUCGAUUGUUAUCAUCUGCUUCCAGAUUCCGCAUCCGGAAACAGACGACAAACCGAGCGGUGGGAACGGUGCUUCCGUAUCACUGUUCAUCCUCUCUGCCGUGCGUGCGCAGUCAAGAUAAACGUGAAGGGGUCCUUUUUCUAAAGAGAAACUUAUUUUCGCUGAUAUCAUUUGUCGUUUUCUUCUUUUUUUUCCUUUAUACUGUUCUCCUCUUUCUCUCUCUCUCUCUGUGCGGUGUUAUUUGAUGUAGCUCAGUUUUUGCACUUCGCUUUGUUCUCUAAACAACACCAGUAACAACGGCGACAACAGCUGCGGUUUGGUAGCGAGUUCCCACCACCUUUUUUCUCUGGCUUUUGAUUGCGUCGAACGUUUUUUUUUUUUGGAAAAGCUCUCGCAACGUAAAGCACCGACUUUUUAAUUCUGUUCUUUACUCUUUUUGCUUGUGCUUUGUCGUACGAUUCAGCUGCCAACGUCGGUUUCGUGUAAUUAUUUUUCUUUCUUUCUUGUUUUUUUUUAUUCCCACUACUGUUUUUCAUCUUGCGGAAAGUAGCGCCGAGCAGUCACUCUCCACAAACCCAGUCCCUCUUUCUUUCUCCUUUUCGGUUUGUGGAGAAGCGAAACCUACUGACGUGCUUACCAUUGCCCCUCCCUCCCCAAAAAGGAAACCCUUUAAACCGGGGUCUUGGCAUCCAGCAGAACGAAAAGGCAAGGGCACAGAUUUCAGGAGGACUGUUCUCACCCUCGCGCCCGUUUCACUGUCCUUCCUUUGCGAAGACAACAUACACCAUUGCCGUCGCGGAGCUUCAUCGUUUUCCUUUGUCGUGUGUUACUAUUCCUUUGUUCUUUUCUCCUUUCUUUUCUUUUUUACGGACCCUUGAUAGAUAAAGUUCCUAACUAUUCUCCUUUUGGUUUUUCUUCUCGCGUGCUUUCUUCAGUUCUUUGAGCGUUGUUUUUCUCUCUUUCUGCUCAAACCCCUCUGUGGUUAAAGAAAGGAGUUUCAAUCCACACAUCUUCAAAACCCUUUUUGCGGUGGUUGGCGGAGUAGCUAUUGUUUCUUUACGUCUUCUCUCGCGUCGCUUCGGGCCAUCGAAGCUGCCACGUGAUUGUCUGCGUUCGAAGUUUCUGUUCCUCUAACUUCGUAUCUGCAAGACUGCCCCUCCCUCCCCUCCAAAAUAAUAAUAAUAAUAACUGGUGUAAUUGUCCUUCAGUACGCGAAACACGUUCUUGUUCGCUCCGCUUACGUUUCUCGUACACGGAAAAAUAAGAAAUAGGAAAGGCGGGGAGUAGAUAACACCUGAAACUCAAUUGCGAGAAGUCAUACAGUAAUAUAACGGCCCGUUGAUUUGCUUACGUCCCCGGCCUUGUCAGCGAGUAGACGCAUUGGGAUUGUGCUUCCCUUCGCUCGCUCUCAUUUAUCGACCUUCCGCGCCUGAACGCUGCUGUGGCGAAGACGGAAAAGAUGGAUCGGCUUCCCCCCAUCGCCCCGGCUUUCCGCACCUACGACUACAGCUACCCGCGCUCACUUAUUCUGUAUCUGCAGUGUGCCCCUCACAAUGUCGUGCUGACUGCUUUCCAGGCGGAUUGUGAGAGCCGUGACGUUUCCUGGUGCAGCGCACGUGCGCAGGAGCUCGCGGUGGAGUGGUUCCUGCAGCACCCCGUGGCCCGCAAGUACCCUCCGCGACGACGCAUGCUGCGCGCCCUGUUGAAGGCGUACAUCACGUCCAUUGAAGAGCACUGCGUAGCGGAGCGCGCCUACGCCGCGGAGUCGGCAGAGAGCGAGACGGUGCAGCUGGAGCUGAUGCAGGCGUACAUUGAGCUGAGCGUGUCGGGCGGCGAGUACAUGCGGGACACGGAGAUGAGCUUCAAGACCUUCUUCAACCCGUACGUUGGCGGACCCGAUUCACCGCCGAUGUACGCCUGCGGUGCCCCUGUCCCGGCACCACCAACCACGUCGUCGCUGAUGCACCUGACCGCCAACCACUCCUCACCCUCGCAGCUCAACCCGCCGGCCGGUGGAUAUAAGCUGGCGACCACCUCUGAAGGGGACGUGCGCGUUGCAGCGGCGGCGGCUACCGCUGCGACGUACUCCGCCCCCCGAGCUUUGAGCGAACCCUCGCAUCCCAUCACACCGCCGCGGGUCACCGCCGGGCCGGACUGCGACGACUUGCUGCCGAUGCUAAAUAUACGGGCCACAUCACCCAGCUCACCGGCGCGGUCGCCCUUUGGAAGCUCCCACACACAGCCGCAGCCGCAGCCGCCGCCACCGCCGCCGCUGUCAUUGGAUAAAAUACUCGAGCAGUUCAGCGCGAUGCGCGUCUCUAGCGAGCAAUUCGCCAACGUGGGCCUCUCUCUCUGGCCCGCGGGCUUUGUGAUGGCGCAGCUGCUCGCGCAAGAGUUCAAAGGUCAGACACACCUGCUGACAGACAUGCUGGGCCUGCCGCGGCCGCUAAGUAGCGUGCUUGGCAACAGCAGCAACUCCGUGCCCGCUCUGGCCGCACCACACAAGGUGUUCUCCGCGCAAAUACCGACUCCGCCGUCCAGCCCACCUGCGGGCGGGCGCGGCAUGCGUAGCAGCGUCGGCAGCGCAUCAGCAGCCAGUAAGCCGUACAGCAGUCAACUGCGCAUCUUGGAGCUCGGCGCUGGUGUCGGUCUCACGCCGAUCUUUUUGCACCACAUGGAGGAGUACCGCCAGCACGUCGCCACCUUUCUGAUCACCGACUACCAAGACUCCAUCUUAGACAACAUCAGGUAUAACUUUAAAGAAAACGGCAUUACACCGGUGGUGGACUUUACGGCGGCGAAGCGGGGCCUCGAGGGCGCGCAUACACCGCCGUUUCACCGUGUCGCCAAGCUGGACUGGACGAACCACCUCGAUAACGAGGGGAUAUUUAUGGAGAAUGGCGUGGACGUCGUUUUGGCAGCGGACUGCAUCUACGACGUCGAGGCGAUCCCCGCGUUGGUGGACACCAUUCACCUCGCCCUCACAGCGGAUGAUAUCUCCUCGUACCUGACCACCUGCGCACGGGCUUCCCCGGCCAGGGCUGACCUCGGCGGCUCCAUCUUCUCCCACGGCAACAGCAGCACCAAUGGCAGCAGCAGCGCAAGUGGAUCGCUCCCUCCCAUUUCGCAGAAGCGGCGCUGUUGCGUUGUGGUGCAGACGCACCGGCAGAACUCCACGAUGCAGGUCUUCUUCUCUGCGGUGCGCAAGUUCGGCCAUGUGAGGAGCUACACCCUUGUGCGUCAGCCGAUUGGCACGCUAAACGUGAGCGCAGACGGCAGCGGGAGCGACGGCGGCUGCGUGCCGCUGGGCAGCUGGGACAAGCAAUCUGCCUUGCUGAACCCCGAUCGUGUUGUCUGCGCUCUCCGGCGCGAUGUUGUACGGGAGGACGGAUCGCUGAGCUCCAUGGCGAAGCGCUCCGUCAAUCAAAAGGGCCGCAACAACAGCCUCGCCAGCAACCCGAUCGGGUCGUCGCUUGGUGGGACAGGUAAGACCCACUCACGGACCUCAGCCCCAACUGCGCCACUCAGCUUAUCCUCGGGUAACUUUGCCAAGGACGUUGCUUUCUUCGCGCCUCUGCACUCGAGCCGCUCGAACAACAGCGCGGACUCGCACAUGUCCUUCAGCCGCAACUCGUCGUCGGCCGUGAUGGAGGCGGCGGAGUCGCUGCUGGCGGACGAGAUGAUCGGUCCGUUCUACACUACCAUGGUGGGCCUUGUCGGCGUUCACGUGAUUACUUUGAAGUCAAGCAAGAAAGUGACUCGAUAA